AUGACCAUUGUCAGCAUAUACCCACUGGCGACGGCACGGACAUUGGUAUUGUCGAACCAGACGCGGACUACUCGCUACCAGAAGCCAUUUCCCGUCUCCUUAAACGCGGGCGAGAGGCCGCUGCCGUCUGAUAUUUGGAGCGACGCGACUAGGGCCGAUGACGACGCGUUCUUCGGUCUUGCCCAUAUACCCAACAGCGACUGCAAAAGUGUCGGGGACGUCGAGCCCGAUGCAUUGGACCCGGCUCUAGAAUACGUCUCCCGUCCAUUGAAACGGAAGCGAUGCGCGGACACAAGCGCCUGUGACGUUCGUGCAAAGAGAGCGUGGACGUCUGGCACUUCGAGCGACGCAACUAAGGCCGAGGACCGCGCUUGUUUCGGUCUUGGGCACAUUCCCAUUCACGACUACACGAAGACCACCGCGCGCCCGCCGAAACGAAAACGAUGUGCGGACCCGACGACCGAUGAGGUCCGCAUUAAGAGAAGGCGGUUGUCUGACAGUCCGAGCGACGCGUCAAAGCUCAAGGAUGGCGAUCUUUUUGGACCUCACCCUCGAUGCAUGAUUACGGGCUGCGUGUCUGCUGAGGUGGAGGCGUGCUACAUCCUGCCUCCCGACACGCCCCAACCGUUAAACGACUGCACGACGCUUCUCGUGCCUACUGACUCUAAUGCCGUCUAUUGUAGCACGCCUGCAAACAUCAUAUUCCUCCGACGCGACCUGCGUUUACUAUGGGAAACAAACCGCCUGUUAAUAAUACCCCAUCCCGAUCAUAUAAAUCACCCCGAUACCCGCCCUGUCUACACAUACCACGUCAUCGCAGAGGAUGAGCACCCUCCAGACUCGGGCAACCCCAGGGAUGAUACCACUACAUCCCCAGUUGCGACAGCUACUAGCUCGUAUCGCUCGCUGGGGUGGCAUGACCUGAGUGCAAACCUGCAUCUGAUGACAGUUCGAGUGGGUCGUGAAUUCAUCAAGCAACCGCUCCACUACCAGCACUUAUUACCUAUAGACGCUCUUGUACAUAUACCCAUCAUCAAGCUGGUCCACCCAGAAGCAGUCGAGCCGGCCUCCCUCCACAUUGAACAAGAGUCGCCAGUUGAAGACAUCCCCCGCCCGCCGAAGCGCAAACGGUGUCCGGAUACAGAGCCUGAUGAACUUCCUGCCAAGAGAAUGCGCACGUCCGGCACUGCAAGCGAGGCGUCCAAGGACCGCAUUCCUUUCGGACCUCACCCGAGGUGCAUGAUCACUGGGUGCGUGUCUGCUGAUGUAGAGGCAUGUUAUAUACUGCCUCCAGACAUGCCUCAGCUAUUAAUUGACUACCUGACAUUCAGCAUGCGUACCGACUAUGACACCUUUCUUUGUCACGAGCCUGAGAAUAUUAUAUUUCUUCGACGCGACCUCCGGGAACUGUGGGAAACGAACCGCUUGUUGAUGAUACCACAUCCUCAGCAUUUAGAGCAUUUCGAGUAUUGCACUGUGUACAAGUAUUACGUCAUCGCAGAGGACGAGCACCCUCCAGACUCAUGCGCGACCAUGGGACACCCUAUCCCACCUCCCAUGCUGACGGCACCAUGUUCAUAUCGCUCGCUUGGAUGGCACGAGCUGGACGCCGAUCUCUAUUCGAUGGCUUUUCGAGCGGGUCGAAAAUUGAGCAAGCGACCACUGCACUACCAGAAAAUCUUGCGGGAGUUGCUGCCCCACAAGGAGAGAUGGUACCCCACAGACGGUUAUGGACAACCGGCGAACUCUCACCCUGUCCUGAUGGUUAUUACUGCCGCCCCUUGA